AUGUUUUUUUUUGACGAAGUUCAAGAGCUCUGAGAGUGGGGGCAAUGGAAAGAGAUGGGACUGGAGAGGUAAAUAGAAAUCAGCUCAGGGAAGCCUCGAAUAUCAGACCAGAGAAUUCAGACUUCAUCAUGAAGACAACAGGGAGUCAUUGAAGGCCCAGGAUCUAUGGAGAAACAGAGCCAGGCACGCAGCACUGACAGCCUGGAUGGCCCAGGGGAGGGCUCAGUGCAGCCCCUACCCACUGCUGGGGGGCCCAGUGUGAAGGGGAAGCCUGGGAAGAGGCUCUCAGCUCCUCGAGGCCCCUUCCCCCGGCUGGCUGACUGUGCCCAUUUCCACUAUGAGAAUGUCGACUUUGGCCACAUUCAGCUCCUGCUGUCUCCAGACCGUGAAGGGCCCAGCCUCUCUGGAGAGAAUGAGCUGGUGUUCGGGGUGCAGGUGACCUGUCAGGGCCGUUCCUGGCCAGUUCUCCGGAGUUACGAUGACUUUCGUUCCCUGGACGCCCACUUGCACCGGUGCAUAUUUGACCGAAGGUUCUCCUGCCUUCCCGAGCUUCCCCCGCCCCCCGAGGGUGCCAGGGCUGCCCAGAUGCUGGUGCCACUGCUGCUGCAGUACCUGGAGACGCUGUCAGGACUGGUGGACAGUAACCUCAACUGCGGGCCUGUGCUCACCUGGAUGGAGCUGGACAAUCACGGCCGGCGACUGCUCCUCAGUGAGGAGGCGUCGCUCAAUAUCCCUGCAGUGGCAGCCGCCCACGUGAUCAAACGGUACACGGCCCAGGCACCAGAUGAGCUGUCCUUUGAGGUGGGAGACAUUGUCUCCGUGAUCGACAUGCCGCCCACGGAGGAUCGCAGCUGGUGGCGGGGCAAGCGAGGCUUCCAGGUUGGGUUCUUCCCCAGUGAAUGUGUGGAACUCUUCACAGAGCGACCAGGUCCAGGCUUGAAGGCUGAUGCCGAUGGCACCCCAUGUGGCAUCCCGGCUCCCCAGGGUAUCUCGCCUCUGACCUCAGCUGUGCCUCGGCCUCGUGGAAAGCUGGCCGGCCUGCUCCGCACCUUCAUGCGCUCCCGCCCUUCUCGGCAGCGGCUGCGGCAGCGGGGAAUCCUGCGGCAGAGGGUGUUUGGCUGUGACCUUGGCGAGCACCUCAGCAACUCAGGCCAGGACGUGCCCCAGGUGCUGCGCUGCUGCUCCGAGUUCAUUGAGGCCCAUGGGGUGGUGGAUGGGAUCUACCGGCUCUCAGGCGUGUCUUCCAACAUCCAGAGGCUGCGGCAUGAGUUUGACAGCGAGAGGAUCCCGGAGCUGUCUGGCCCUGCCUUCCUGCAGGACAUCCACAGCGUGUCCUCCCUCUGCAAGCUCUACUUCCGAGAGCUGCCGAAUCCCCUGCUUACCUACCAGCUCUACGGAAAGUUCAGUGAGGCCAUGUCAGUGCCUGGGGAGGAGGAGCGUCUGGUGCGGGUCCACGACGUCAUCCAGCAGCUGCCCCCACCGCAUUACAGGACCCUGGAGUACCUGCUGAGGCACCUGGCCCGCAUGGCAAGACACAGUGCCAACACCAGCAUGCAUGCCCGCAACCUGGCCAUUGUCUGGGCACCCAACCUGCUACGGUCCAUGGAGCUGGAGUCGGUGGGGAUGGGUGGUGCGGCAGCCUUCCGGGAAGUUAGAGUGCAGUCGGUGGUGGUGGAGUUUCUGCUCACCCACGUGGACGUCCUGUUCAGCGACACCUUCACCUCUGCAGGCCUCGACCCUGCAGGCCGCUGCCUGCUCCCCAGGCCCAAGUCCCUUGCGGGCAGCUGCCCUUCCACCCGCCUGCUGACACUGGAAGAAGCCCAGGCACGCACCCAGGGCCGGCUGGGGACACCCACGGAGCCCACAACUCCCAAGGCCCCAGCCUCACCUGUGGAAAGGAGGAAAGGGGAGAGAGGGGAGAAACAGCGGAAGCCAGGGGGCAGCAGCUGGAAGACAUUCUUUGCACUGGGCCGGGGCCCCAGUGUCCCUCGAAAGAAGCCCCUGCCUUGGCUAGGGGGCACCCGUGCCCCACCACAGCCUUCAGGUGGCAGACCCGACACCGUCACACUGAGAUCUGCCAAGAGCGAGGAGUCUCUGUCAUCGCAGGCCAGCGGGGCUGGCCUCCAGAGGCUGCACAGGCUGCGGCGACCCCACUCCAGCAGCGACGCUUUCCCUGUGGGCCCAGCACCUGCCGGUUCCUGCGAGAGCCUGUCUUCCCUGUCUUCGUCCUCCUCAGAGUCCUCCGAGUCUUCCUCUUCAUCCUCCGAGUCCUCAGCAGCAGGGCUGGGGGCACUCUCUGGGUCCCCCUCGCACCGUACCUCAGCCUGGCUAGAUGAUGGUGAUGAGCUGGACUUCAGCCCACCACGCUGCCUGGAGGGACUCCGGGGGCUGGACUUUGAUCCAUUAACCUUCCGCUGCAGCAGCCCUACCCCAGGGGAUCCUGCACCUCCAGCAAGCCCAGCACCCCCCGCCCCUGCCUCUGCCUUCCCACCCAGGGUGGCCCCCCAGGCCAUCUCACCUCGAGGGACCACCAGCCCCGCUUCAACUGCUGCACUGGACAUCUCUGAACCAUUGGCUGUAUCAGUGCCACCCGCUGUCCUAGAAUUGCUAGGGGCUGGAGGAGCACCUGCCUCAGCCACCACAACACCAGCUCUCAGCCCCAACCGGACCCUGCGCCCACAUCUCAUCCCCCUGCUGCUGCGUGGAGCUGAGGCCCCACUGACUGACACCUGCCAGCAGGAGUCGUGCAGCAAGCUCCGGGGAGCCCAGGGCCCGCUCGGUCCUGAUACAGAGUCACCAUUGCCACCCCCUCCCUUGUCUCUUCUGCGACCUGGGGGUGCCCCACCCCCGCCCCCCAAGAACCCAGCACGCCUCAUGGCUCUGGCCCUGGCUGAGCGGGCUCAGCAGGUAGCCGAGCAACAGAGCCAGCAGGAGUGCGGGGGCACCCCGCCUGCUGCCCAAUCCCCCUUCCUCCGCUCGCUGUCUCUGGAGGUGGGCGGGGAGCCACCAGGGACCUCAGGGAGUGUACCAGCCCCCACCUCCCUAGCCCACCCGGGUGCCUGGGUGCCAGGACCCCCACCCUACUUACCAAGGCAACAAAGUGAUGGGAGCCUGCUGAGGAGCCAGCGGCCCAUGGGGACCUCAAGGAGGGGAAUCCGAGGCCCCACACAGGUUCCUGCCCCCGGCUUCUUCUCCCCAGCCCCCAGGGAGUGCCUGCCACCCUUCCUUGGGGUCCCCAAGCCAGGCUUGUACCCUCUGGGCCCCCCAUCCUUCCAGCCCAGUUCCCCAGCCCCAGUCUGGAGGAGCUCCCUGGGGCCCCCUGCACGCCUCGACAGGGGAGAGAACCCGUACUAUGAGAUCGGGGCAGGUGAGGGGUUCCCCUAUUCUGGUCCCGCCUGCUCCUGGAGUCCCUUUCGCUCCAUGCCCCCUGACAGGCUCAAUGCCUCCUACGGCAUGCUGGGCCAAUCGCCCCCACUCCACAGGUCCCCCGACUUCCUGCUCAGCUACCCACCCGCCCCCUCCUGCUUUCCCCCCGACCACCUUGGCUACUCAGCCCCCCAGCACACUGCCCGGCCCCCGACCCAGCCCGAGCCCCUGUACGUCAACCUAGCCCUAGGGCCCAGGGGUCCCUCACCUGCCUCUUCCUCCUCCUCUUCCCCUCCUCCUGCCCACCCCCGAAGCCGUUCAGAUCCCGGUCCCCCAGUUCCCCGCCUUCCCCAGAAACAACGGGCACCCUGGGGCCCCCGAACCCCUCACAGGGUGCCCAGUCCCUGGGGCCCCCCUGAGCCUCUCCUGCUCUACAGGGCAGCCCCACCGGCCUACGGGACGGGGGGUGAGCUCCACCGAGGGUCCUUGUACAGAAAUGGAGGACAAAGAGGGGAGGGGGCUGGACCCCCACCCCCCUACCCCACUCCCAGCUGGUCCCUCCACUCUGAGGGCCAGACCCGAAGCUACUGCUGAGCGCCAGCUGGGAGGGGCCGUCCUUGCUUCCCUUCAUCCUCGCUGGAUCUUGGCCCAGACAAAUCCCUUGUUUUGUAUUUUCUUGAGCCCUGACCCCUACCCCAGGUUUCUAACUUUCUAACUUGUUUCUGAUGUGGGUUUCUAACCUGUAAUCCCAGCUUCCCUAUCCUGGGCUGAAGGGUCUGCCCACCCCCCACCUCCCUCCAUCCUGGGGGUCCUCGCACAAAUCUGGGGAGGGGGCGCUAGGCUGACCCCAUCCUCCUCUCCCUCCAGGAGCCCCCAGCAUGUCCUCACCUGUGCAUGGGGGUGGAGGGACAGUUCCUGCCCUUCUCUCCCCACAUGCCCCACUAAACCAUCUGACAACAUUAACGAAUAAAAUGGUGAAAAUGUG